CAGCCGGCGGCGGCAGGGACGGCGGGGGAGGCGGUUCCGGCGCCGCUGCCCAGAGGAAACCGAACCGGCCCACGUGGGCCGCCCCGCCCCGCCGCGCAGACGCCGCCCGACUCCGCGGUCUGAGCCUGGGGCUGGGCGCGCAGCCGGCGAGCCGCGCGCGUUCGGGACCGCGGGGACCCCCAGGGACCGCCCCCCCGCCCCGCAUCCUAGCCUCCAGCGACGAGGUCCCGAGCCGGGCCGGGGAACCAGAGCCUGCCGCGCCGGAGCGGGCGCCUCUAGGCCACCAGAUGUUCGCCAUCCAGCCAGGCCUGGCUGAGGGGGGCCAGUUCGCAUCAGGCCCUCCUAGAGUAUGCCAACCCGAGCUCCAGCCAGACAGCAACUCCAACUUCAUGGCAAGUGCCAAGGAUGCCAAUGAGAAUUGGCAUGGGAUACCAGGCAAAGUGGAACCUAUCCUGAUGAGGAGCUCCUCUGAGUCCCCCUCUGACAACCAGGACUUCCAAGCCCCCGGACUUCCAGAGGGAGGGGUCCACAGUCCCCCAGAGGGGGCAGAGAUUCCUGGGGCUGAGCCUGAGAAGAUGGAUGGUGCUGGCACUGUGUGCUCCCCUCUGGAGGACAACGGCUAUGCCAGCAGCUCCCUGAGCAUCAACAGCCUUAGCAGCAGUCCUGAGCCUGCCUGUGGGACCCCUCGAGGCCCUGGCCCUCCCAAUACCCUUCUGCCCUCGGUGGCUCAGGCUGUGCAGCAGCUGCAGGCUCAGGAGCGCUACAAAGAGCGGGAGAAGGAGAAGCACCACGUGCAUUUGGUGAUGUACCGUCGCCUGGCACUGCUCCAGUGGAUCCGGGGCCUGCAGCACCAGUUGGUUGAUCAGCAGGCUCGGCUGCAAGAGAGCUUCGACACUAUCCUAGACAACAGAAAGGAGCUUAUCCGCAGCCUCCAGCAGAGGGCAGCAGCAUCCAGGCCCCAGGACCAGGGCUAAGCGUGCGCCUCCACAAGUGUGCAAGGGAAUAUGUGCAUAUUUGCAGGCAUGUGUGUGAUUGUAUAUGAUUGUUUGCUGGCAUGAGUGAAGUAAGCAUAAGAGUGUGUGGGUGCUCACAUGUAGACAGAUAAUGUGUAGACACGUGGAAAUGAGCUUAAGUUUGCUGUGUGUGCACAUGUGGACACACAAGCUAACUUGUAUGAAGACCUAUGUGUGAGUGUGUAAGAGUGAUCAUAUGUGUGUACAGCAUGUUUGUAAGAGUGAGUAAAUUUGUAUAUACAUAUGUGAAUAGGUACCCAGCUGUGUGUCUAUAGGCACGUGAGUGAGGAUGUAUAUGCCAAAGAUGUGUGUACAUAUGAGUGAAUCUGUAUGAGAUUGCAUUGAGUGUAUGUGAGUGAGCCCUUGCUUGUGCGGGCCUUUGUCUAGGGGUGCAUGUUUGUAGGUGCAAGCAUGGGAAGAGUAUGAUAGGAGCAUGUGUAUUUGCAGGCAGACCAUUGAGCAGGUGUAUGCUAAUAUAUAUCCAAGUGCACCUCUGGGGCAUCUUCCCAUACCCUGUGUUACCCAUGGCCUACCCCCCAGCCUUUUUUCUCCAUUGAGUCUCACUGCUUCCUGGACAUAGGGAGCUAGCCUGCUGUCAUUUAUGUGAGGGUUGUAGCUGAUCCAUUCUCCUGGGAUUUUCCAAGCUAUUGAUAGCUCUCCUCUUCCUUCCCACCCUAACCCAGAUUUUGCUCUGUUAAGUCUAUUGUCCUUGAUAUUGACUUUGCUGUAAGAGGUUAAGUGGAUGCUCUGGUCUGCUAUGGCAUUUUUGCAUGACUAUAAUUUUGUCAGGGCAGUUGGUGGAGAACUGGUAUCAGGAAGGGGACCUGAGGGGUAGUGAUAGAGAUGAUGGCAGGGGUGAGGGUAGAGACAGAGAAGGAGAUAGGGGACUUUGCCUCUUGAAUUCUGCUAAUGAGUACAUAGGAGAUGAGUGUGGGGGAGAUGACAGUGGUAGAACCCUAUAAAGAAUAAGAGAAAGGGAAUUCUUAAAUGACAGUUUCCAAACAAAACACACCUCUCCACUGGGUUGAAAACCAUAUUGACUUACGUUUCUGGUGAAAAAGAACACGUGGGCUCUGCGCCUGUGGCUCAAGUGGAUAAGGUGCCAGCCACAUACACCUGAGCUGGCGGGUUUGAAUCCAGUCUGGGCCCGCCAAACAACAAUGACAGCUGCAACCAAAAAAUAGCCGGGCGUUGUGGUGGGCACCUGUAGUCUCAGCUACUUGCGAGGCGGAGGCAGGAGAAUUGCUUGAGCCCACGAGUUGGAGGUUGCUAUGAGCUGCGAUGCCACAGCACUCUACCCAGGGUGACAGCUUGAGGCUCUGUCUCAAAAAAAAAAAAAAAAGAAAAGAAAAAGAA